CCGGUGCCCGGCGGGGCCGCCAGCGCCGUGAGGGGCCGCCCGGGACAGCAGCACCUUCGGGCCGCCACGGCUGGCACCAGGGAGACCAUGAGCUGACAUAACUAGAGCUAUUGUUGAAGCUUGCUCCCUCCUCUGUGGCAAGAUGCACCUUUAGAAGGGAAUAGAGAGGAAGAAGAACAAUUUCAAGAUGUCAGGUGGUGCAAAAAUCCCGUUCAACAUAAUUGAUACUGCUCUUUCUUCAUUGAAGAACUCCCAGUCCUUCAUCAACUCUGGAAUGGAUAUUGCUACUAAGACUGCCUUAGAUCUUGUGGAAAGUUUCAAUGAUGAAGAGGAUAUUAGCAGUAUGGAAAAAGUCAUGUUAGAAUUUGCUGCAAUGGACAGAGAUCUUAAUAAUUAUAUAAGAGCAUUUGAGGAAACGGUAAAUCAGGUAAAACGAGAAAAACCAGAAAUUAUACCAGAUUUAGAAAAGUUGGUGCAAGAAAAAUUAACUGCAAUUGAGAGUGAGAACAGUGACUCAGAUUUGAAAAGCAAUGAAAAAUAUAUGUAUUUCAUGGAUCAGCUUAAAGAGAUGAAAAAACAAUUUCGUCAUAUAUCAGAUGAUGAUAAUGAGACCAUUGAACAAAUUGAUGAAGAUAUAGCUGUGACUCGGAGUCAGAUGAACUUUAUUUGUCCCAUUACACAGAUGGAAAUGAGGAGGCCGGUGCGAAACAAGGUCUGUGGGCAUUCCUAUGAAGAAGAGGCCAUUGUAGAAAUUAUCCAAUCUCGAAAGCAGAAAAAGAAAAAAGUCCGAUGCCCUAAAAUGGGCUGUAGCUAUGAUGAUGUAAAAAGAUCAGACCUUGUGCCAGAUGAAGCACUUAAAAGAGUGAUUGACAGUCAGAAUAAAUAAAGCUGGUCAACACUGGACAAGUGAGCUGGAUACGCUACUGCCACAAAGAAAAUUUGUUAUUAGAAGUCUUGUGAGAUAAGCUGCUGAUUGUAUGUUGGUUGUGAGACUGAUUGAUAUUUUUUUAAGUGUUAAGUGUUUAAUUUAUAGGCAAAUCAUUGUUAAGUGUUUCAUUUAUAGGCAAAGUUGAAGGCCUCAACUCUAACUGAAAGCAUUUUUUGAACUAAUGAAUGUAAUUAAUUCCAUUUUGAGUUGUUUGGGGUAUUUUGACCAUCCUGAAUUUCUAAAAACUUGCAUUUUCUAAAUAAAACAUGCUUUGCAUCAUUUAACCUUCCUUGUCAGUGUGCUAGUUUUUUCUGCAUGUUAGAGAUGCAGAUUCUGCUAGCAUGUAAUAGUGAGUGUUUUGCUCUGUGUUGCAGAUAGUUCUGUUACUGUCUCUGUAACUGGGAGUACUUUGAGUAGGACACUCUGACCAAGGAUUUACCCUGCUUGGGAGCACACCUGUGUUUUAAUAGAAACCUCGGGAAACCUCAAUAGAGCUGAAUUUUCAGAAAGUGUUGCACAUCUAUACCUUGUGUGUGGACACAGAAAACUGCCACUCAGCUUUGAGGAUCUUGGCCUUGUUCUUAUAAUUUCUGAACUCUCUGCCCUACCUUAGGCUUUUCUUUUGAGAUUCAGUAGCAUUUAUUUCAGGCUUUUUCUAUUUGGAAGUCCCAGAAGGCUUUACCUUAAUACUGCAUGCUAGAAGACUACAAUUAUUUAUAAAGGUAUUCCAAUAACAAAAUUGUAGAUAAUACAAAUAUAUUGUAACCAUAUGCCUUGGAUUGAAAACCAGUUCAUCUCAUUUUAUAGAAGCUUCUGAUAUCUCAGCUUUUGGGCACAGAUCCAGAAAACAACUUAAACUGUGUGACACUCUGUUUAUUACCUAAAUUGAUUUGAACAUAUCUAGCAGAUAAGGCAUUACAUAUAUAAGUUAGAAAUAGCUGUAGGUAAAAGGAGCUGCCUUGGCAGUCAGAUGGCAAUUAUCUCUUGGCAUAUGUGAAGCAGAAAAUAUAGGUUUCUUUGAAUUUUGGGAUCCUUAGUGGGCUAGAUGGUAUUUUCCUAUGUCAUUUUUCUGAAUUCACAAUCUGACAUUUAGUGUAAAGUGUAGCUGAGGCACCUAUAUGCUAAACUAUUCACUCUGGGUUACUGUUUGCUAACUGGUCUCCUUUCAUAGACCAUUGUUAACCCCAGUUGCACUUAAGAGUACAAACCACUUCAAACUGAAAAUUGUUACUUUGUAAUUGAAGCAUAUUAAUCUGCAAGCUGAUUUCAUAGCUGAAAAAGAGAACUGAACCAUUAUUAUUUGCACUGAGCUUUUGUGUUCAAAACACUUAACAUGGGAAUCGGCUGGGUGAUUUUGAUGAUGUGGUGUAACCCCAAAGGUCCAUCUUUUCAGAGCUCGGCAGCGAGCGUGCGUGCUUCUGCCUGUGGAAGGCCAUCAGAUUUAGCUGAAAGAGACGAGGGGGGUGGCUGAGCAGUAGGUACUUGUUUGUAUUUUUAUGUGUAAAAUCACGUCCCUUUUAAGACAACUCAGGUCUCAAAGCUGUAGUUUUUAAGAUGGGUCACUGAUUUUCAGUUUAAUACGACAAUGGAGGAUGUUAACUAUAGCAUUUGUAAAAAACAAAAAAAACCAAACCAAAACAAAAAGCAACCAGGUGGGGGGAAAUGUCCUUUUUGUUUCAUCCUUAAGUUGGUGGUUAAAUUUAUUCUCGCACUGUUUAUAAGCAGAACACUCAGAAACAGAAACUUGCCUUGGUUAAACAAGUUCUGCAGUUUCUGACAGAGGUGCAAAAACAUUGUCCUUCAUGGAUUCAUUUCAAUCCCUGGUGAUAACCAGCCUCCCAAGUUUUCAGAUGCAAAGAUGUGCGAGCAUUUUACAUGGCCCCAAGUGUCACACCUCACAUUUAGUUUGUGUAGGUGUCUGGGUGCUUGAGUGUGCCUUCCAAUAACACAUAACAUUAUAAAUGGUACAUUAUAGCCGGAUUAAUUCAUACUGACAAACUGGUGGCACAGCAGGUUUGGUUUGCUACAUGUGGUGUUUGUACCAGUAUAGCCUUAGAUAGCUGCAGUUCCUGAUAUGGUUCAUUGCCCUCAUGUUCCAGUGAGUAAUGCUGUAAGGGAGAUUGCUGUCUUGGUUACACCUUGUUGUCCCAUGUGAAAGAGAGAGGCUUGACCCAUCACAGUGCUGCACUCAGCCUGUGUUAGCUAAUCCACAGGUAAUAACAUGAACUGCCUGCUUAAGAUGAUGCAGCUGGGAGAAAAAAACAAACAAAUCUGAAGCAACACUUCAGAUGAAGAGAACAAAUAGUCAAGCAGUCACUUAUUGCCACUCUAAGAGGAAAGGUAUUUUUGAGUGUUCAUAUUCUUGCCUCAAAAUACAUCAUCUUUCUUCCCUCCUUUGCUAGUCUGAGCCAGGCAGCACCAGUGAGUCAGAGAGCCUGAACAGCAAAUGCAGGUGCAGCCUAAGUUUUUUCUCAGUUUCAGCUGAAAGAAAUGGACUGAGUUUUGGCAGCACUCACCUGCUUAGCUUUAAUAACAAUCACAUGUGAGGUGAAGAGGCAAGUGUAUUAAAAUGGAGGUAGGUUUCUUUCUUUUGUCAGCAGAGAUACCUCUUUUCAAACAUCUUAUCCAGAAAAAGACAAAUACUCAUGCAGUUAUGUUAGGGUUGCUGAUGAGAGUACUUGAGUCCCAUCAGAAUCAAAGAUGCACCUCACAGAUUCAAAUGCUAAAUAAGACUGCCUAUAUUUACUGAAAUCAAUGAAGUUCUCACCAGAAUGUUUGGCAUUUCUGAAUUCAAACUAUAACAUAACAUUCAAGGAAUCCUAGUAUGAUGAGUGAUUUUUUUUUCUCUCAACCUGGAAUUUGAGCCAUCCUGUUGAUUUUUCAUGGCUGGUUUUCUCUUGGUGGUUCUUACAAGUAAUUUUCCUCCUUAUAUGGAAAGAUUCCAGGGAUGGCCAUCAGCAUCCAUUGCAGCUGGCACAUUACUAGGUGGAAGGACAGACUCAUCUUGGCAAUUGGGGAAGGCUUCUGUGCCUGUCAGCUCACCAGGUGGAAGUUACAAACCGCUACUGAUUCACUGGGCUGGCUGCAGUUACUGACAGCUCUUUGCUCUUUCAUCUGCAAAGUUUGGGGUUUGUUAUGCAGUUGUGACCUCUCUGUUCCUAUGUGUCCCAUGUCCCCCAUAAACUCUGCUCAGGAUAGAAGUAGCUUGAAAGAGUUAAAGAAUAAAAAUAAGUGGCUGCGAUGAAUAAGCUGUAUGAUCUGUAUGAUUCACAGAAGUGGAAACUCAACAGCAGUUAAACCUUCAAAUCUUAAUCUGCUUUGGCUAUAAUAUAUCAUAUGUAAACAGGCAUAUGUUCACAGGGUAAUUUGUGUCUCAUUGUCUGACGUCAGAAAUUUUGCAAUGAUAUUUAAAAAAAGAAAUUCAGAGGUCAGGUGUUUUUUUUCUUUUUCUGUAAGGUGUGCUUUACAAAUGAGCAAACCUCAGUGUAGCUGAGAAGGGUCUGUCACUGAAAACUGGUGAGAAUCUGUUGCUGCCAGAGAAGUUCCUCGUUGUAUUUUGAGUGAUUAAAGAAACAUCUAAGCAAAUAUUGAGAUAAAGAAAAGUCAGGAGAGAUCCACACAAACAGCUUUCAGUGGUACCCUGAGGCAGGAGCCAUUAACACAGCUCGCUCUCUCACUUGAACAGAUUCUUCCCAUGAAUUCUCCAUUUUACAACUAGAGACUCUGAAGUUUUCAAAUCAGUGGAGCCAUGAUGUAUAAAGAUAAAAACUAAUCAGGCAGGCAUCUCAUGGAAGAUUUAGCACAGUUAUGCUAAAGGAGUGCACAUUCCUCUGAAUCAAGGACAUAUUCAUCAUCUCCAGAGCUGUGAUCUUAUUCAUUUUAGAAGAAUCAAAAAGACUAGGCUAAGUCAGUGCUCCCUUGAGAAAUACCCAGAGCAAAAGCAGGGGCUGCAGGAAGUGAUACCGAUGACUCACCAGCCAAGGCCAACACACUGCCUUAUUUUAGACAAUGUCCCCUUGGACAUAUUCAUGUUUCCUCAUGAGUGGCUGAUGACAAAGGUGUUACCUACCUGUGGUCACAAGUACCUCAUGAUGUUUUUCUUAAGAAUACCUCUAGUAUUGUGGCCAAAACUAGCUUAGAAUUCACUGUGCCUCUUAAGUUCCACUGCCAUUUCAAGUGAAUCUUAAUCUCUACCUUCCCUAAAAAUCUUCACGUGUGGAUUCUGAGGUACUGUGUGGUCCAUUAACUGAACACUUCCAUAAUGGAUAGUGGUCUGUUAUGCACUGAAGAAGAUGCACCUAGAAAAGGGCUUCCCAUAGCAGCAAAUGUUAGAAUAUCCCAAGGACAGAUCUUCUUUUCUGUAGCUACAGCCAAAGCCUUAAGCUGAUGGCUCCUCACUACAGGUACAGACUAGUACUCACUGCAAAUUCCAACUACUCCAUAAAUAAUAAUUUAUUUUCUGGCCAUAAAGUACUUACUGUUAAUACAUAAUGUUUCAAACAUACGACGUGGUCACAGAAUGCUCAGAGGAGAAUCCUAAGUGUAGGUGCCAGCGGAUUCUAGGCUGCCAUCCAGUAACUACAAAGAGCAAAAACAUUAGAUUGAUUGUCAAGCCAGUAAAAUUCUGGGAUGCGUGUACAUCAUGCAGUAGAUGCCCAUGUAUGUUCUUAGCCUCUUGAUGCAUGAAUAAUCUCAGUGACUUGUCAGGACUGCAGCAACGUGCAGAGAACACAGUGUGUUUCAUCAUUUCAAAGCACUGCAGAAAAGGCUGUGGUGGGCUGAGAAGAAAGCCUGCCUCGCUUGUUCUGAUGUUAGUCCAGACCCAAAGACAGAGUCUAAAAGCACACACAUGAAUUGAAUUGCAUGGGAAGCUUACCAAAGGAAGUGUUUGCUUGUAAACUCAGUAUGAAUAGGAUCUUCUCUGACCGCAAGGGAAACGGAGACACUCAUUCACUGUCCGCUUGUGCAAUCAACUUCUGAAGUAAAAAACAGGAUUUGAGGUUUAAAACCUGAACCUUCACACGUCUUUCAAGCAACAGAAGAAGUGUUCAUGCUUUUUAGUUCACAAAGUAACAAAGUCAGGAGGUGCUGCUCAUAAGACUCCUUGGAUUUGAUAACAACAGGCUUAUCAAAAGGGAAUCAUUCAGAGUUCGGAGCAACAGCAGCCCUCAGAGCAGCUUUUGUGUAGGCUUGAGGGGAGACAUCUGAACACCAUUACAUUGCACUCCUUUUGAUGUCACUACAUGCUCAUCAUGUGUUUUAUAUCUUAGCAGUGAAUCUGCUGCCAAGUUCCACAGUGUCUCAGGAUGGUUGUAGGUUUAUCACAGAUGCGCUUCCUGCCUAUAAAAAACAUUGCUUUUAAAUUCUUUAUCACCUGGCCACAAAACUAUGCUUUGAGCCCUGUCUGUGGAGGGUAAUUCUGUACACCAGUAGAUUAUGGAUGACCUGCUGGCUUUAAAUUGAUGGCUUUCAGUCUAGUAGUAGUUUAAGUUUCAUUACAUGGCAUGAGAUAACUUGUAAAAUAAAUAUAUUUAUUUUUCAUAAUUUGUCUGAUAGUUUAAUAUUAGCCAAAAUAUUUGUGUGUCUUGUCUCUCUGAUCCAGUAACUAAAAUAAAGACUUUUUCAUUUCUUUCUGUA